AUGGAAGCCAAGAUAAGUUUCCAUGUCCGGCGAUACCUACGCGAGUGUGAGGAGCGAGGCGCACGACCAAGCGACACAACUGUCACUUCACACCUUCGUGAAACAUAUGCCGAGUAUCAGCGCAAGCCGCAAGGCGCUUUGCGUAAGGUCGUGGCCAAAGUGCUCAAGAAGUUGCAAGCUGAUAGCGAAACACCCAAGCGCUCGCGAUCCGAAAGCAAUACCGACGACGAAAUGCACACUCAGCUUUUAGAGCAACAGCAAGCCGCUUUAGGUGUUGGUAACUCGUUGAAUCGUGCAAUGCAACAAAAGUAUGCUGGCCAGAACGCUGAUAAAGUAGUUGUUAAGAAGAUAAAAUCCCUUCGACGACGCGUCGUUGGAAAGGAGGAUGACCAGGAUCGAAACAGUGAAUGUAGCAGAGGAUUUGUAGUAGAUCGACCCCGUACCAGGUAUAACGAUAUUGGAGGCAUUCAGGCCAUUCUGCAAGAAGUAAGAGAGCUCAUUGAGUACCCACUAACCCACCCAGAAGUGUACACACAUUUGGGCGUGGAGCCUCCGCGAGGUGUGCUGCUACAUGGACCUCCUGGAACUGGCAAAUCGAUGCUGGCUCAUGCUAUUGCAGGGGAGUGCGGUGCGACAUUUUUGAAGAUUUCAGCACCAGAAAUCGUGUCAGGCAUGUCUGGAGAGUCUGAGCAGAAGCUGCGGGAGCUUUUUGAUGAAGCCAUUUUAAGAGCGCCGUCUAUCAUUUUUAUCGAUGAGAUUGACGCAAUUACACCCAAGAGAGAAACUUCAGCACGUGGCAUGGAAAAGCGAAUUGUGGCGCAGUUGCUGACAAGUACUGACUCAUUGAGUUUGGAGAACACUGGUGGCAAACCAGUCGUUUUAAUUGGCGCCACUAAUCGACCGGAUGCACUUGACUCGGCUUUGCGUCGCGCAGGCCGGUUUGAUAGGGAAAUUUGUUUGGGAAUUCCAGAUGAGUUAGCAAGAGAGAAAAUUUUGCUGGUGUUGGCGCGUAAAAUGAAGUUAGAGGGCGACUUUGACUUCACCGCACUUGCUCGUCGAACGCCUGGAUAUGUCGGGGCAGAUUUGGUUUCUUUGACAAAGGAAGCUGCAGUGGGUGCAGUGAAUCGAAUUUUUACAAAUAUCAAUGCGGAAAAAAAGCUGACUGAAGAUUGUGUGGGGCUAGAAGAGCCGGAGGCAGACACAAUGGACAACGUUACGGAGAUGCCAGCGAAGCUACUAUGCGACGCGGAAGAGACUUCGGCAGCUGAUGAAUUCCGAGCACAAGUGAAACCUUUCACGGAAGCGCAGUUGGCCCCACUAAGCAUCACAAUGUCUGACUUUGAAACUGCAAUUCCAAAGGUUCAACCCAGCUCAAAGCGAGAAGGCUUUGCUACAAUCCCUGAUGUUACGUGGGAUGACAUCGGGGCUCUUGAUGAAGUGCGCGAGGAGUUGGCGCUUGCAAUUUUGCAACCGAUUGCUCACCCAGAACGCUUUGCAGCUUUGGGAUUGUCCAUGCCUGCUGGUGUAUUGCUUUACGGACCACCUGGUUGUGGUAAAACGUUGCUAGCCAAAGCUAUUGCACACGAAAGUGGAGCAAAUUUCAUAAGUAUUAAAGGCCCAGAGCUUCUUGAUAAGUAUGUUGGGGAAUCAGAGCGAUCAGUUCGUCAGGUUUUUCAGAGAGCUCGUGCUUCGUCUCCAUGUGUAGUAUUUUUCGAUGAGCUGGAUGCAUUAGCACCAAGGCGAUCGAGUGAUAGUGGUAAUGGUGUCAGUGAGCGAGUAGUGAACCAGCUUCUGACUGAGAUGGAUGGCUUAGAUAGUCGUCGCAACGUGUUUGUUAUUGCUGCAACGAACCGUCCGGACAUCAUUGACCCUGCAAUGUUACGUCCUGGUCGUCUGGACAAAUUGUUAUAUGUGCCGCUGCCACAAGCUUCAGAACGCCAUCAAAUUUUAAAGACGCUUUCAGCGAAAUGUAGUAUUGCACCAUCGGUACAGCUCCAGACUAUUGCUUCCGAUCCUCGCUGCGAAGGCUUUAGUGGUGCCGAUCUAAGCGCGUUGGUACGUGAAGCUGGUAUUACAGCAUUGCGUGAAACCAGGUUCUCAGCAUCGGAUGCAGAAGUCGUACCACUGAAAAUCGAACACCAUCAUAUUUUAAGUGCGUUCGACCGCGUAUUUCCUUCCGUAUCAAGGGCAGACCAGCGGAUGUUUGAUCAGAUGAAAAAGAAUCUUCGAAAGUCUCGCUCGUCUAUGACAAGGAGGUCAAGCAACACAACUGAGUCGUCUUGCACAGAGGCUUUAAAGGAAGAAGUUGCUUCAAAUGGUGAUGCGAUUGCAAAUUGCGAUGCUGACAUGAAUAUGAACAAGAGGUAG